AUGGCCCACCCCAAGGAAGAGCCAAAGGAGGAUGCCUGGAUAGAGGUUGAAACUGAGCCCGAGCCACCAGGAACUUUCUUAGAAAGCCCCUAUGCUUCGAAGCCUGCCAUGUUCCGCACCUCGGAUGGCACAAUCUUCUCAGUGCCAGAGGGCUUCAUCUCCAAACUGCCGGCCCUGACUGAGCUCCGCAAGGAAAAUCAAGACGGAGUCACCGACUUGUCAUUUGACAAAGAGGUAGCUCACGUAUUCUUCCACUGCCUCUGCGCUGGGACCUACGAUGUAGGCUGCGGUGAAUAUUACCAUUCUACUUGGAAUGAUCCUGGAUACUGCAAGGCACUCUUGGAAUUGAAACGCAGCCUUCGCGUACAUGCUGUUGCGAAACAGUAUGAGUUCUUCUCCCUAAAAAUUGGUGCUGAGACUCAUAUGAAGGAUCAUUACAAGUGGCUUCCACUUGCCAUCUUUAUGGAUCAUAUCCGAGAGAACCUGGCUUAUUUCAAAGACGAUAUGGACUGGCUUCACAAGCAGGUGCAAAUCGUCCUUGAAGCCACAUUUGAAGGCAACUCUUCUUUCUAUGAGAGCUCCGCCUUUCUUGAAAACAUUGGGCACUCUCCGGAAUUUGACCGGCUUUUGGCCCAGGUUAUGGGGAAAAUGUACAGAUCUAUGCAUACUGACGAUACUGAAGAAAUUGCAUGGACACAGAGCAAGGAAAACUGGGGUUGGUGA